UGACGUUUCCAUUUGUAGCGAGGAGAAGCAUAAAUAUUUAUUAAAUUAAAAAAAAGCUAAAUUUGUUGCUGAAUGAAUGAAUUAAUAAAUAAAUCCUGUUAAUUUACGCAAAAUCGCGCUAAUGCACAACACACUGUGAAACUUUUAUAAUAUAAUGAAUCUAAUCCCACAUAGCGCUCUAUUAAAUAUAAAGAAGUGUGCCUAAGCCAUUAUUUCAUACCCGAUGUAGUGCGCUAAUGUAGGAAAUUAGAAGGCGUUUGGAAGCCGUUCGGUUUCACCAACUUCCGGUGUUUGGGGUUGAUUUCCCAGCAUUCCGCGCUUUACUUCCUCCUCUUCUACCUUCUGUCUUUUCGUGAAGACAGAUUGAACGCCAUCAUGGCCGCCCUCAGACCCCUUACCAAGCCUAAGAUCGUCAAAAAAAGGACUAAGAAGUUCAUCAGGCAUCAGUCAGACCGCUAUGUAAAGAUCAGGCGCAACUGGAGGAAGCCACGAGGUAUUGAUAACAGGGUCCGCAGGCGCUUCAAGGGCCAGAUGCUGAUGCCCAACAUCGGUUAUGGUAGCAACAAGAAGACCAAGCACAUGCUGCCGUCUGGCUUCAAGAAGUUCUUGGUGCACAACGUCAAAGAGCUCGAAGUCCUUCUAAUGAGCAACAAGAGCUACUGUGCAGAGAUUGCCCACAACGUCUCCUCAAAGAACAGGAAGGUGAUUGUGGAGCGAGCGGCUCAGUUGGCCAUCAAGGUCACAAACCCGAACGCAAGACUCCGCAGCGAAGAGAACGAAUAAUCUGGAAAUAUGGUCUUUUCAAUAAAGCUUAAAAUCAUAAAAACCA